AUGUCAGGUACAGAAACAUUGCACUUACAUGAUGAAAAGGAAAGGAAGUUAUUUUAGAAGGAGAGAAUAGAUCUGAGAAACAAGAUGUCUCAUGCUGGGAGUCGAUACCAAGAUAAGCAACACCGGCACCAUGAGAACCAUAGAUCUGAUAGGUACAAGGAAGACAGAAGAGCAAGGAAACCAUACCCAUACAAUGCAAGGUCAUGCCAAGACAUCCGAGGUGGCCAGCACUCAAGGGCUUCUCCUGUUUGCUCAGACCCUUACUCUAAAACCUCAGGAGCAGCACAGGAGUAUUUUGGCCCACCACCAGAAUUUUAUCCUCCCAAGGAAAGCUUCUCAGUGAAGUGUUCAAAGGUAUGCACAACAAGAGGCAUUUUGAAGUUUGUGGAAAUCACAGUUAACCUCCUGGUGCUGAUUUGCGUGGGCGCUUCCCAAGCCUCCGUUGCAGGCUUCACAUCUCUCGGAGGCUUCGGAUCCUUCAACCUGAAUUCAGCCUACAGCCCCUUUGAGGGCACGGAGCUGCGGGAGGUGCGGGAGCUGGACAUGCAGUACACCCAGAUGAGAGCCCCUUGCGUGUACGGCGGAGUGGCCUUCAGCUUAACAGCGGCCACGCUCACCCUCGUCUUCCUCGUCGUGGGGGCAAAACCCAUCCAGCAGCUCCGGACAGGGCUGCUGGUAGGCGAAUGUGCCUUCAGCCUGCUGGCUGGCCUGGCGUACCUGGCGGCCGUGGGGCUCUACCUGCACUUCGUCAGGCAGGUGAACGCCACCGAGGUGUGCAGGAGGCGCGAGCGGCUCUACGCGCGCCGUGGCUACACCUCCAUGAACUGCGACGUCCAGGGCGGCGACGCCGCUGUCGGCCUCUUCGGGGUCGUCGCUUCCUGCCUGUACUUUGCCAGCUUUGUGCUCUGCAUCCUUGCUGUCCGCACCGUCCGCGCCUUCCAGAGCCACGCGGCCAAGGCUCAGCACAGCCCCAAGGGCAGCGUUAGGGACAGAAGUGUCAGAAACCAGCACGCCGUGCACAGGACCUCUGAAAGCUCCCACAACGUCCAGGCUCUCGCCACGUUAGUGUGAAAUCAGCUCUGGGACUGGGCCAGAGAACUGAGG